AUGACCACAGACCCCCGCUUCACGCCCGUGCUGCUCACGCUGCCCAGCUUCACGCCCUCACUCGCCCUCGAGGUCCUCCCCCACGGCAUCACCGCCCACAGGCUCUACAUCCAGGCCGAUGGCAAGACACACGACAUUCUGAUCGGCCCAGAGGACCCGGCGACACACCUCCAGCAAAAGUACACCAACAGCAUCGUCGGCCGCUACGCCAACCGCGUUCCCGUGUCUGCGUCCGACGCCGCUGCACCCACCACGCUCACCAAGGCCGCCGCCCAGGGGCAGUUCAGCCCUCGCCCAAACGAGAAGCCCACUGUCUCACUCCAUGGCGGUGUCCAGGGCUUCGACAGCCACCUCUGGGAGCCUCUCCUUGACCCGAACGCCGUCCAGCUCUUCACGCCUGCUGAGCUCGUGACCAUCCAGAGCGAUUUCCCUGGCCAGUCCAGCGUUAUCUUUGCCCGCACCAGCGACGACGGCGAGGAGGGCUACCCCGGCAGACUCCGCGUUGAGGUCUUCGUCGGCCUCGUCAGUCCUAAGGGCAAGGCCAUCGACGAGUUGACUGGCGAGUACUGCCUGGGUAGUCUUGUGAUUGUUUAUCGCGCAAAGCUCGAGGGGGAGGAUAAGGUAACGCCGAUUAACCUGACGCAGCACUGGGGCUUCAAUCUUGAUGCCUCUCUUCAAGAUGGCUCAGAGCCGUCCGUACAUGGACACAGACUACAAAUAAAGGCAGGCCUUCGCGUUCUUAUUCGAGAGUGGUCAACAUUGAACUCAUAUUUCCAUGUUUUAGUCGAACCAUACAAUUGA